AUGUCUGCCUCUCUCUGCAACUUUGCUUCUGUAGGAAGGUUCAGCUUCAGCCUCAUCAUAUUCCAGGGCGGGCCAAGGUUUUCGACUCGCUCGUCAAGUCAGCGCUCACUCUCGCAACCGAGUUCGUUCUCAACUCAACUCACUCGUCCACUUAACGCGAUGAUGAUGACUCGGCGAGUCGGUGUGGUCGUUACGUCGUCUUUGCUCGUCUUCUUCGCAGUAGUGGCUGCAGUGCUGCUGUUCGUGCCUGCGUUUGACCAUGCUGUGUUCAUGAGCAUCCGCCAUGGUUCCAUGGGUUCAAGCUCGUCUGUUGCAGGAAACAACACUCACACUGCAACCCACCGCAAGCUUCUUCUUCGUGCGACAGAAAUGGACGAACCAAACAGAAUUCCAGGAGAAAAGUGUAGCAAGGCAGACAUAGUGAUAAACCAGGGUCCCACGGGCCCACUCCCAAGUGGUAUUCCCACCUACACCGUUGAGAUCAUGAACGUGUGUGCCAGCGGCUGUGACAUCUCUCGCAUCCACCUCACCUGUGGUUGGUUCAGCUCGGCUCGGCUUGUGAACCCUAGGAUAUUCAAGCGGCUUCACUACAACGACUGCCUUGUGAACGAUGGCAAGCCUCUGGUCAAUGGCGGUACACUGUCCUUUCAAUACGCCAAUACUUUCCUCUACCACCUCUCAGUUUCCUCCGUCUCAUGCUCUUAA